AUGCCUCCUUGACUGCAGCAGCUUGACAUGAGUUCACAUCUGAAAAGACGUCCACACAGCAUGCAGACUCCUGGCAGCAUAAUCACUGAUGUGAUCCUGUACCACUCUCUCUCCGCAUCCCAUCGCUCCCUGCUGCUGUUGUUUUCAGAUUUUCUGCAUGUGCCGUUGUUAAUAAUUCAUUGUCAGCGAUGCUGCCUACGGCUCCAAGUGCAGAGAAAGGACUCACGCUCAUCAUUUUUGCAGUGUGCAUGCUGGCAGCAGCUCUUUACAGAGACAGAGACAAACUGCACAGAUCCAGGGAAGCUGCAGAGCACACACACCCACCGAGGAUACACAAAACUACCCUCGCUCACUCCCCCUCCUUCCUCCCUUCUUUUCUCUCUCUCCUAUCCCCUAGCUCUCUCUCUCACCUCUGCACUCAGCAUUAUCAGCACUGCUACGGCUGUAGACAGGUUGACUGUCAAUUCACCUGCCACUGAGGACAAACUUCAAGAAGCCCACUCACAUGGCUUCCCAUUCCUCCAGCCAGAGGAUGCUGGAGCUUGGACUGAGGUGGAUGAUCUGCUUGUUGAUUCUGUGUCUGAGUCUCUCCAUGCCGGCAGAAUCAAAUGCCGGGAGAGCCCCCAAGAUCCCCCGCUGUCCUGCGACCUGCUCCUGCACCAAAGACAGCGCUUUCUGUGUGGAUACCAAGGCUAUCCCCAAGAGCUUCCCCCCUGGAAUCAUCUCUCUGACGAUGGUGAACGCAGCCUUUACUACGAUCCCAGAGGGAGCAUUCUCCCACCUUCACCUGCUGCAGUUUCUGCUCUUAAACUCCAACACAUUCACCACAAUUGCUAAUGAUGCCUUUGCUGGUCUGUCUCACCUGCAGUACCUGUUCAUUGAGAAUAAUGACAUCCAGGGUCUCUCAAAGUAUACCUUCAGAGGACUCAAGUCCCUGACUCACCUGUCUCUGUCAAACAACAACCUACAGCAGCUGCCAAGAGAUCUCUUCAAACAUCUAGACAUCCUCACAGAUUUAGAUCUGCGUGGCAACUCUUUCCGCUGUGACUGUAAAAUCAAAUGGCUGGUAGACUGGAUGGAGAAGACCAACACUUCUGUUCCUGCCAUCUACUGUGCGAGUCCCUUUGAAUUCCAGGGACAUAGGAUCCACGAUCUUGCACCACGAGACUUCAACUGCAUUAGUGCAGAUUUUGCUGUUUAUGAAACCUUCCCUUUCACCUCUGUGUCAGUGGAGUCCUAUGAAUUCAGUGGAGAUCAGUUUGUUGCUUUUGCUCAGCCUGAUUCAGGGUUCUGCACCCUGUAUGUAUGGGAUCAUGUGGAGAUGGUCUUCAGGAGGUUUCACAACAUUACCUCUCGUUCCGCUGUCUACUGCAAACCAGUGGUGAUAAACAACACACUUUACAUGGUUGUAGCUCAACUUUUUGGUGGAUCUCAUAUCUACAAGUGGGAAGAGGGCCCACAGCGCUUUGUAAAGAUCCAAGACAUAGACACUACUCGAGUGAGGAAGCCCAACUUUGUGGAGACCUUCCAGCUGGAUGGGGAGUGGUACUUUGUAGUAGCAGAUAGUUCCAAGGCUGGCUCCACCAGCAUUUAUCGCUGGAACAGCAAUGGUUUCUACUCCCACCAGUCUCUUCACCCUUGGCAUCGGGACACCCAUGUUGAGUUCGUUGAUGUUGGGGGAAAGCCUCAUCUCAUCCUCUCCAGCGCCUCUCAACCCCCAGUGGUUUACCAGUGGAACCGAAACCAGAGGCAGUUUGCUUUCUACUCCCAAAUCACAGAGCUGGCUGAUGUGCAGAUGGUUAAGCAUUUUUGGGUGCGGAAAGUUCUUUACCUUUGCCUCACACGCUUCAUUGGGGACUCCAAGAUUCUUCGCUGGGAAGGGCAGCGUUUUGUAGAGAUCCAAACUCUUCCCUCUCGGGGCUCAAUGGUAGUGUAUCCUUUCACAGUGGGCCUCCGCCAGUACCUCAUUCUUGGAAGUGAUUUCUCAUUCUCCAGAGUUUACUUGUGGGAUGACCUCACUCAACGCUUUCAGCCCUUCCAAGAGCUCAACAUGAGAGCCCCACGGGCUUUUAGCUUGGUAUCUGUCGACAACAAAGAUAUUCUGCUGGCUGCCAACUUCAAAGGUAACACCCUGGCCUACCAGCACCUGGUGGUGGAUCUCAGUGCCAAGUAGACGUGUCAAAGGCGGGGGGUGUCUCUGAGCAAAUACGAACAUGUGCCAAAUGAAUAAAAGACUGCAAAAUGUUUAAGCCAUGUAACUAAGGGUCUCCUGUUUCACCUGAUAUUUUAAGCAAGGCAACUAAUUAAAUGGUUAAUCCAUUUUUAUGCACUUUCUCAAUGAUGUGAUAAUAUACAGCAUCGGUAACAUGCCAAGUGUCAUGUCAGUGUUACAUCACUGCUUCUGUUCUGUCAACCACAUUUCUCAGCCAAUUCAAAUACUGUACUAACAGUGACGUGCAUGUGGAUGUACUGAAUUAUUCACUGGAUGAGACGGGAUAUUAUAAAGUUUUAUAAGUUACAGUGUGGUUUAACUAAAUAUCCUUUUGCAUGACACUGUACAAAUAAUAUAACUAUGUCAAAUGAGCAAUACUUACCAUUGCAAUACUUUAAAUCCUUGAUUAUCUUUUGUUUUCUUUACCUUAUAUUUUGUAUUGUUAUUUUUGAUUAUUGUUGUUUGUGUAUUAUAUUGUAUAUAUAUGAGAUACCCUUGAAUCUGUUCUGCAAUAAUACCAUGGGAUCACAGCCGGCCAGAGACAUGAGCAAACUAAAUGAUGGGCCCCAAAACUGAUUUUGUUAUAGUAUAUAUAGCCCAUUCCCCACCCCGACAGUCAGUAUUUUUUGGAGGGAUGGCUUAGAUUAGAGAAUGUACACUAUAUUACAAAGUAAUAUAAUGUUACAAUGUAAUGCACACUUGCAAACUGUAUUUAUUUGUUGUUGUAUACAUUUGUACAUGAAAUGGCGACUUGGCAGAUGGUAUAAUUAAAUCAUGCUUA